UUGACCCAAAUUUGCCUAUAAUUAACAUACCAUGGAAAAUUUUAGUAUCACAUCCUCUAAAAUUUUAAAAGAUAAAAAUGUACACCCCAGUUGUUGAAAUUCUGCUACAUCAUUUACACUGAAAACAUCGUAAACCAUUAAUGCAAGAACAGUAAUACCUGAUAUAUUAUGAUCUACUAGUGUUUGACACCAGUAGCAGUCCUAUGAGGUGGGAGUCAUUCUUAUAAUAUCAGACCUAUUUAUAGAUGAGAACACUGAAGCUCCAGCAAGUUCAGUUCUUUUCUAGUGCCACAGUGCUGCUAAGACGCAACACUGAAGUCUGAGGAGCUAAGUUGAUACAGUCAACUUGACAUCAGUUUGCUUUAGAGUAAGGAAGAAGAGAUGGUGGUCCAGCUUUGUCUGUAGGAUCUUCCCAUGGUUACCCAUUUCUCAUGGUGUCUCUCUUCCCUCAGGACCUCCUGGCAAUGGCAGAAAUGAACCCUGCACAGGACCAUGUGGUUUUUGAGGAUGUGGUCAUAUAUUUCUCCCAGGAGGAGUGGGGGCACCUUGAUGAGGCUCAGAGAUUGCUGUACCGCGAUGUGAUGCUGGAGAAUUUAGCCCUUUUGUCCUCACUAGGUUGUUGCCAUGGAGCAGAGGAUGAGGAGGCACCUUUAGAGCAAGGUGUUUCUGUAGGAGUAUCACAGGUCAUGGCUCCAAAGCCCUCUCUAUCUACCCAAAAGACCCAGCCCUGUGAGACAUGUAGCUCACUUCUAAAGGACAUUCUGCGUCUGGCUGAGCAUAAUGGAACACACCCUGAGCAGGGGCCAUACACGUGUCCAGCACAUCUUCACCAGCACCAAAAGGAGCAGAUUAGAGAGAAACUUUGCAGAGGGGAUGGAGGAAGACCAUCAUUUGUGAAGAAUCACAGAGUUUACAUGGCAGGGAAGACCUUCUUGUGCAGUGAGUGUGGGAAAGCCUUUAGCCACAAAAAUAAACUUGCUGACCAUGAGAAAAUCCACACUAGAGAAAGACCUUAUAAGUGCAGCAUAUGUGGAAUAUUGUUUACGGACAGGUCCACACUCAGUAGACAUCAGAAGACUCACACUGGAGAAAGGCCUUAUGAGUGCAGUGAAUGUGGGAAGGCCUUUUUUUGUAAGUCUCACCUUGUUCGUCACCAGACAAUACACUCUGGAGAAAGGCCUUAUGAGUGCAGUGAAUGUGGGAAACUGUUUAUGUGGAGUUCCACACUCAUUACACAUCAGAGGGUUCACACUGGAAAGAGGCCUUAUGGUUGUAGUGAAUGUGGGAAGUUCUUUAAGUGCAACUCAAACCUCUUUAGGCAUUACAGAAUUCAUACAGGAAAAAGGUCUUAUGGUUGCAGUGAAUGUGGGAAAUUCUUUAUGGAAAGGUCUACACUCAGUAGACAUCAGAGAGUUCACACUGGAGAAAGGCCUUAUGAGUGCAAUGAAUGUGGAAAAUUCUUUAGCUUGAAAUCUGUACUCAUUCAACACCAAAGAGUUCACACUGGAGAACGGCCUUAUGAAUGCAGUGAAUGUGGGAAGGCCUUUCUUACAAAAUCCCACCUCAUUUGUCACCAAACAAUUCACAGUGCAGCAAAGCAGUGCAGUGAAUGUGGGAAAUUCUUUAGGUAUAACUCCACACUUCUCAGACAUCAGAAAGUCCACACUGGAUAAAGCCCUUAUGAAUGCAGUGGAUGAGGGAAAGCCUUCAGUCACCAACAUACUGUGGCUGGACAGCAGGCAAUACACACUGGAGAAAGACUGAGUGCCGUGAGUGUGGGUAAUUAUAUAGAUACAGCUCUCCAAUCACUAUGUAUCAGAGAAUUUACACUGCAGAAAUAUGUGUUCAGGAAACUUAGGACGUUAUUUUGAUUUGACUCUUGUCUCGGACAUUGGAGAGUUUAUACUGAAGAAGAGUCUUUUCAAUAAAGUGGAAAGAUUCAACAUGCAAAAUGGUACUUAUUGGGUUUCAGAAUAUCCACACUAGUGAAAGUCCUCUAAGUAUGGCAAAUGUGUGACAUCCUUUUGCUGCUACUUAGACAUCACAUGGUUCACACUGGAGAAAGGCCUUGUAGAUGCCUUGAAUGUAGCCAAGAUGGUGAACGACAUCACCCAGAAAUCUCUGAUUUAGCACUGAGAACUAGUAUUAUAUGUUUUUUUAAAAAUAAUGGUAAAGUACCUGCAACAUAAAAUUUGCCAUCUUAGCUAUUGUAAUGUCCUGUUUAAUACUUGAAGUACAUCCAUAUUGUUGUGCAAAGAAUAUCCUGGACUCUUCGUCCUACAAAAUGAAACUCUAGAACCAUUAAAUAACAACUCAUUU